UCACUCCCUUCUUUUCCACCCUGGAAACAGGGUACCCUCUCCGCUCCACUGGCUGUGCUUCGCAGAAACGUUCCUCUAACUGACGGGAGUCUGCUUUGUUACAUCCUCUACCUACCUUCCCACCUGUGUGUCACGGACGGUCGGGCAUCUGCAAAAGGGAUCUCCAACUGAAUGGAAUAACAACAUACGCCAGACGUUUCAUGUCAAACUGGGCGUCCAAGUUCUGAUGGGGGUUCAAGAAUUGGGAUUUGUGACUACGCUGGUGUUAUACAGUCGCGUGUGUUGAACCAUACUGUCUCUCUGAAGUGGACAAAACAUGGACUAAUUUUUGUAUUCACAAUGGGAUUAUUACAGUUAUUUAUUGUCUUCAGUGUAUUUGGCAGCUAUUCAGUUGUAGGGUUUGGAGUUGAUCCUACUCUUCGUAUCAACGUUUUCGAUGAAUUAACACUUGGAGAAGGAAUUGAUGGAGUUUCUCAAGUCCAGGGUUUCCACAGCGAGUCUAGAGCCUUCCAUUUCCAAGGUUCCUCCAGGGAGGUGAAGGCCCCUGGGGACGUGUCUGAGCGGAUGCUGCGCAAGCUCAGAGGGAAGAGUGAGUUCACCAUCCUGUUGACCCUGAAACAGGAACACCUGAACUCUGGGGUCAUUCUCUCCAUUCAUCAUGCUGACCACAGGUUUCUGGAGCUGGAGAGCAGUGGCCAGCGUAGCGAGGUGCGUCUACACUACCGCACCAAAGGUCAGCAGCCUCACACAGAGGUGUUCCCCUACAGCCUGGCGGACGGCCAGUGGCACAAGGUCUCGGUGGGCGUCAGCGCCUCUCAUGUCAUACUUCACGUGGACUGCAACAGGAUCUAUGAGAGGGUGGUUGAAAUCCCCUAUAUGGACAUGCCAGAGGACACUUCCGUCUGGCUGGGACAAAGGAACAGCGCACAUGGCUUCUUCAAGGGAGUGAUGCAGGAUGUUCAGAUACUGGUGAUGCCUCAGGGAUACAUCUCUCAGUGUCCAGACCUCAACAGGACCUGCCCUACUUGUAACGACUUCCACGGUCUGGUUCAGAAGAUCAUGGAGCUGCAGGAUAUCCUGGCCAAGACCUCCAACAAGCUGUCCAGGGCGGAGGAGAAGAUGAAUGGGCUGGACGGCUGCUAUUGUGAGAGGACCUGCACCGUGAGGGGGACCGUCUACAGGGAGGACGAGGCCUGGACAGAUGGCUGCAGGAACUGCACAUGCACGAAUGGCACCGUGCAGUGUGAGAGCAUCUCCUGCCCUCCUCCUCAGUGCCCGGCGGGCACAGCUCCUGCCUACGUGAGGGGCGCCUGCUGCAAGGAGUGUCAGCCUGUGUGUAAGUUGGGUGAGACAGACUUUGUGGAGGGGGAUCAGAAGGCCGUUCGUGAUGCCGCUGGCAGGUGCGUGCUGUUUGAAUGCAGGGAGCGCACCAUGCACCGGGUGGGGGCGACGAGUCCCUGUCCUGAGCUCACCUGCCCUGAGUCCGAGCGCAUCACUCUCUCUGACAAGUGCUGCCAAGUCUGCAGAGGUCAUAACUUCUGUGCUGAGAGCCACAGCUGUUUCGAACACUCGGACUGUGUGAACCUGGAGGCUGGAGCCCGCUGCAGCUGCAAAGACGGCUUCCGCCCGCUCCGCGAUGACAAUGCCUACUGUGAAGAUAUCGAUGAAUGUGCUGAGGGGAAACACUACUGCAGAGAGAACACCAUGUGCGUGAACACGCCGGGCUCCUUCAUGUGUAUCUGCCACACGGGCUUCAUCAGGAUCGAUGACUACUCCUGCACAGAACAUGAUGAGUGUGAGAGCGGACUGCAUAGCUGUGACCAGAACGCCCUCUGUUUCAACACCGUGGGGGGGCACAGCUGCUCCUGUAAGCCAGGCUACACCGGCAACGGCACCGUCUGCAAAGCUAUGUGUGACGGCCUGUGUCAGAACGGAGGAACCUGUCUAUCCCCCAACAACUGUGUCUGCCAACAGGGCUUCACUGGGAAGAGGUGUGAGACAGACAUUGAUGAGUGUUCAGAUGGCUUCGUGGAGUGUGACAGCAGAGCCAUCUGUGUCAACCUGCCUGGGUGGUACCACUGUGAGUGUCGUGAUGGCUACCACGACAACGGCUUGUUCUCAGCCAGUGGGGAGUCAUGCGUAGAUAUUAACGAAUGCAAGACUGGGAGGAACACCUGCACGAAUGACACUGUGUGUUUCAACCUGGAGGGGGGCUACGACUGUCGCUGUCCCCAUGGACACAACUGUACCGGUGACUGUAUCCAUGACAACAAAGUGAAGCACAAUGGGCAGAUCUGGGUGCUGGACAACGAUAGGUGCUCAGUCUGCUCCUGUCAGGCGGGCCAGGUGAUGUGCAGGAGGAUGGUGUGUGACUGUGAGAACCCCACAGCAGACCUGUUCUGCUGUCCUGAGUGCGACCCGCGCCUCAGCAGCCAGUGUCUGCACCAGAACGGCCUGCUCACCUACGGCAGCGGAGACACCUGGGUGGAGAACUGUCAGCAGUGCCAGUGUCUGCAGGGACAGGUAGACUGCUGGCCCCUGUCCUGCCCACCUGUGGACUGUGAGUUCACGGUGGUGCCAGAGGGUGAGUGCUGUGCCCGCUGCGUCAGCGACCCCUGCCAGGCCGACACCAUCCGCAACGACAUCACCAAGACCUGCACCGACGAGCACGGCAUUGCCCGCUUCAGUGGCUCCUCCUGGGUCAAACAUGGCACUGAGUGCACCCUCUGCCAGUGCAAGAACGGACAUAUCUGUUGCUCAGUGGACCCCAUGUGCCUUUAGUGUCCCUGCAGCGCUGAAGGCACCAAUGUGUACAGUGUUAUCCAUGUAAAAACAACGUACAUUCCUUCCUCGUCACCGUCCUCCCCUGGCAUCUUUAUACCAAAUACAAACAUGUAUCAAACCAGACAGAUGAUGGACUACAGUACCCAUAUCCCCCCCCCUCACUGUGUUUUGCAGCUUCACCAAUCAGGGUGAGCCAUGUGCAUUGAGGAACACGCCCCACCCACAUCCCGCCCCCCCAAAUCAUCUGCAACGUGACUAUGUAAAAUACUAGUAUACUGGCAUGACUGUGCUCGAUGUGGAAACAUUUAGCUGAUUUCUAAACUAUUUCGAAAAACCUCUCUAUGGUGUCGUAGAUAGCGUAAGUUAGUUUGCGUAGGUUUCCGUUGCUACAUUCUGAGAGUUGUCUAUGUGACGUGGUGCUCUGUAGCGUUUCCUUUUCCUUUUUGGUCAUUUAUUUCCAGGCUUGUUAUUGUGUAAUGGUGAAAUAAAGUAUUUCCAUUUACAUUAA